AUGGGUACCAAUCGGCCGAUUCCAACGAAUACACAGCGGGAGCCUGCAGUCGGAACCAGUGACUCUAUAGAAUACAUUGACUUGGAGGCCACGGGAGUUUCUGGCACUGGAGACUUGCCGCUGACAACGUAUCCCAUGCAAGAUGAUCUUCAACCAUCAGAUUAUCAAGCACAAGACUCUUGGAAUGUGAGCGAAGAGAUCUGUUACGGAAUGCUUCACGAUAUCGGUGCUGAAGUCAGAUGGUCGGUAGAUACAGUCGAACAAGAUACUAUUAGGCUACCUGAUGGCCUAUUCCUGUCUCUUUCAAUUAAUUUUGAAGAUAAAUACGCAAAACUACAAACGACAGGUGGAUUUCCAACUGCUGUACUAAAUAACAGAACUCACCAAGGGCUGUCUUCCAUCAGUAAUGAAACUAAGGCACGUGCUCAAGUAAUAGUGGAGUACACGACUUGGGUCGACGCGAAUAACAAGUUUCGCGAGCUCGAAGGAAAGGAGACAAGUUCUGUGUGCUUCCAGACGAGAAUCAUACUUUCCGGUCUCCGGGAUGAAGGGAAUACAGUGGCAAAACUUCUCGCCAAUUGCAACCUAUAUCUUCAAGAGCCAAUGCUUGGCGCAACACACCUUCUUUACGAGAACCCUCAGUCACUCGAUUUACCACAUCCCUUAUUCACCACUGGUGGAUUACAGGAUAUCCAAGAACUCGAAACCGUUUUGGUGGAUGACAGCGAGCAUGACAGCGAAUUAGUCAAUCCCACAGCAGAGGAUAUGUCCUCACUACUUGUUGAUAUCGACGCAUUCCUAAACAAUAUGCCUGUCCACGCCUACCUCCAAGCGUAUCAAGAGGACCGACGCAUUCUAUCCAGCCUUUUACCUCACCAAAGGGAAGGAGUUGACUUUAUGAAUCGAAGAGAGAUCGGUAUUUGCCCGCCUGAAGUAGCUCUUUGGAAGCUGCAAUUGUCUACGAAUGAGGUACAGUAUUAUCGGCAUGUGAUCACCGGCGCAAAAAGUCCUUCGAUGGCCGACUGCCGGGGAGGCAUUCUUGCCGACGAUAUGGGACUCGGCAAAACCCUAACCACGUUGUCAGCUAUAGUUGGGUCUCUAGAUCGAGCGCGGGAAUUUGCCCUGUUUGGAGGGGAUAGGUCUGCCAAAACUACAAUCAUUGUUGUACCUUCCGAGUUGCUCAUGAAUACUUGGGAGAAUGAAAUCAAGAAGCAUAUUAUGUACAGCGCUGUGAGCUGGCUCAGGUACCACGGACCGGAAAGGCAUGACUAUGACGGUAAACUUUCAAGUUAUGAUUUGAUUCUCACUACCUACGGCACAGCCAUGGUUGAGUUUCGAGACCGAGAAGCUGCAUUAUACGGCAGAACUUGGUACAGAGUUGUACUAGAUGAGGCGCACGUGAUUCGGAACUCUUCGAGCAAGCAGUUUGAAGCAGUCAGCAAUUUUUCAUCCAAUAUUCGUUGGUGCCUAACAGGAACCCCUAUCCAAAACUCCUUGGACGAUCUGGGCUCACUGGUGAGAUAUCUCAAGGUUCCCGUCCUCGAGGACGGCACGGCUUUCCGAAAACAUAUAUCCAAACUCCAGCGAAGCGCUUCAUCUCCCAAAGGGGAGUUCGAAAACCUUAAGCUACUGCUUUCAUCCAUCUGUAUGCGUAGGACCAAGAAUAUACUACCAGGACUAGGUCACAUCACUACCGACGUUCGACCCGAAUUCUCGCAAAAGGAACGCCAGCGAUAUAGUGGAUUGGAGAUUGCCUGCAAGAGAGCUAUUACACUAGCAAUCGGCAGCAAAAGUCAAAAGGGCACCCAUCAUGGAGUCAUGCAGGCCUUACUUCGGCUACGGAUGUUCUGUAAUAACGGAUUGUGUGUGUCGUCCACAGCGGCUACUGCUUUAGGAUCCCAGACUCCUCCAGAUGAAGUCUUGAGCUUGCUCCAGCAAGGCGGCCAAGCAAUGUGUUCUUACUGCUCGUGUGACAUUGUUUCUAUUAGCAGUCAUAUCGAUUCGGAUGCCUCAUAUCUCACCCAGUGUCUUCGACUGGUUUGUCACGAGUGUACUGCACAGUACCGAUCAGAAUAUCAAGCCGAAGGAGAGGCCAAUUGCCCUCUGUGCCAGUCUCGGCACCAGAUUGAUAAUAGCAGUCGCGGUGAUACAGAAAUUACCGUGCAGUCCACUUACCCAUCUAAGAUACAACAGUUGGUUCAAGAUGUUCAAGCCCAUUAUAUGCGUGACAAAUGUGUCAUAUUCAGUUUCUGGAAGAAAACACUGGACAUCGUGGAGGGGUGCCUGGUUGAGCAGCGGUUGAGUGUCCUACGUAUUGACGGAGAUGUCACCACUCGGAAACGAAAUGCUAUCUUAUCUGAAUUUCAGAGCCGAAGCGCUUCCAGGAUAUUAUUGAUGACGUUCUCUACUGGUGCUGUUGGGCUGAACGGCCUGACAGUUGCAAAUCGUGUUCACAUUCUCGAGCCACAGUGGAACCCUGCAGUAGAGCAUCAGGCAAUCGGGCGGCUUCUGCGCAUCGAUCAGGCUGAACGGGUGACCGUGAUCCGCUACAUGAUGCGAAGGUCAAUCGAAGAGGUGGUGCAAUCCAAGCAACAUCGAAAGCUGCAAUUAGCAGGAGGAGGCUUUGCUUCAGGCGAGGGCAAAGCAGAGCAGCUUCAUCACCUCACAAGCAUCAUCAACCAAAAUACGGGAUAG